CUGAACCAAAAUGUCCGAACAAGAGACCGUAGCCGUGCCGGCAGAAGAACAAAAGAUCGAGGAUGUCCAGAAUGGCACCGCCGAAGAAAAGGAAGUCAAGGAAAACGGCUCGGGGGAUGCAGAACCUGUUGCGGAAGUUGAAAAAGAAGCGCCUAAGGAAAUGAGGGCCGUAGUUCUGACGGGUUUUGGUGGCCUGAAAUCCGUGAAGAUUCUGAAGAAGCCCGAACCGGCUGUCAAUGAAGGGGAGGUUCUUAUCCGAGUGAAAGCAUGCGGUCUGAAUUUCCAAGAUCUGAUGGUGAGGCAAGGAGCUAUCGAUUCCCCACCAAAAUGUCCUUUUAUUCUCGGAUUUGAAUGUGCAGGAGAGAUUGAACAACUUGGAGAGGGGGUAGAAGAUUUCGCGAUCGGUGAUCAGGUGGUGGCCCUUCCAGAAUACAGAGCAUGGUCCGAAUUGGUUGCAGUGCCUGCCAAGUACGUCUACAAACUACCCAAAAACGUGUCCCAUCUAGACGCGGUUACCAUAACGAUGAAUUACACGGUGGCCCAUAUCUUGCUCUUCGAAAUGGCUGGUCUGACCAAAGGGAAGUCAAUCCUGGUGCAUUCGGUCGGAGGUGGAGUGGGCCAAGCGAUCGUCCAGCUCGCCAAGACCGUCCCAGACGUCACCAUCUUCGGCGUAUGCUCGAAGGGCAAGCACGACGCCCUCAGGGCGGCCGGCUCGCCCGUCGACCACCUGCUCGAGCGCGGCGGCGACUACGUUGGCGAGGUGCGCAAAUUAUCGCCCGAGGGUGUCGACGUGGUGCUCGACUGCCUGUGCGGCGAGGAGUGCAACAAGGGCUACAACCUGCUGAAGCCGAUGGGCAAGUACGUGCUGUACGGGUCGUCGAACGUGGUGACCGGGGAGACGAAGAGCUUCUUCAGCGCCGCUCGAUCGUGGUGGCAGGUCGACAAGGUUUCUCCUCUGAAGCUUUUCGAUGAAAAUCGUACUCUAUGUGGCUUCAACCUGAGACAUCUGAUGUACCAGCAGCAUGGGGAGGGAUAUGUCAAACAAACUGUCCAGUCAGUAUUCAAACUGUUCCAAGAAGGAAAAAUCAAGCCACUGCUGGACUCAACUUGGGCUCUUGAAGAUGUUGUGGAAGCGAUGCAAAAGAUGCAUGACCGCAAGAACGUGGGAAAGAUAAUUUUGGAUCCAAGCAUGGAGCCCAAACCAAAACCAGCCACUCCAGCUAAGGGGAAAAACAAAGAAGAUAAGAAGAAGCAAUCUUCGGAGGAAAAGAAAGAACCGGAGGAGAAAAAAGACGAUGAAAAAAAGGAGGAAAAGAAAGAAGAGAAUCUAACGAAUGGUGAUUCGCCUGGAGAAUCUGACUCCAAAAAGGAUAAUUCUAGUUGAACUGCUGGUCAAGACCUUUCUUCAACAUUAUGAAUAUACAUUUGCUUAAGUUUAUCAUUUUAUUUGCAAUAUAUUAAUUUACUGAACUGAAUUCAACUACAGACAGAUCUCAUGGUGAUUCAUUUAUUAAUGUGAGCUGUGUUAUUUUUUAAUUAGGAAUAUGAACUAAGAAUAGGUCUGUAAUGAAACCAAUGAAUUUUAAUAAUUAUUUUUAUCAUGAUAUCUUCUUAUAUAUUUUGUAUUUUGUCAUAUACCUACUUUUAAUGUUUCUAUAUUUUAAUUAAUUUACGAUUCUAUUUUUAUUUGAUUUACGUAUUUUUAUAUUGAUGGUGCUCAUUUAGAAAUUCAUAUUUUCCAACAUUGAUUUUAUUGUUCUAGUUGUAAUAUUGCAGUAAAUACAUAUUGAGCUUUGUAUUU